UUUUGUUUCAUAGCUUGCUAUACUUUAUUUUGUCGCUUUUUUACCAUAAGUAACGCUGUGUUGCUGCGCUACGUUUCCUCCUGUUACGUCUUGUGUUAAUAGAAAUUAAUUAGAUAAGUCUUCAGUUUGGUAGUAAAAGCAGCUAACCUGUUAGCUAGCUAGCUUGCUAGGGUAACAGCAGCUAACGUUAGCGACAGUCAUCGAAGAUAUCGUGAAUAUAUCAGCGAUAGUUAAACUAGAAAUCGGGACUGCCUAACGUAUCCUGAUGCAUCUCGAUGGAGGACUAUGACAAGUUUGUGCAGCAUCGUCUCUCCCAUCUGAGGCAAAGUGAGAGGCAACACAACAAAACCCCCCCAGCAUCCUCUCUCAUCCUCUUCUAUGGACGACCCGUCCUUCCUCCUCUGCUGUCAGCGGAGCAGAGGAAGGAGAUGCGGCAGCACCGAGAUGCAGCACAGGAAGCGGCUGUCUGCAGAAAACUGAAGCAUGAUUCAAGAGUGGCCUUUGUGCAAACUAUCCUGGACAGUGUUCAGCUGAGGAAGAUGCCAACACUGGAGGAGUUGCUUCAAGAGUCAGAGAUGAACACAAAAUCUUCAUAUUCCCAUGACACCAGCGGUGGAUCAGUGUCGAAGAGCAAUUUUCUCAUUGGAACAAAGGAUAGUCUUUCACUCCCACCAUCACCUGAAAGGACAGAAAAGGAUGGUGUUUCUUUUACUCCGUUUACAUCAACCACAUAUAGUGCCUUUUCUGCCCCUGAUGCCAUACCUCAGCAGAGUUACCAGGAAGGAUGCCUUAAUGGACAACUUUACAAGCAACAGGGAUCACAGUCCCCUAAUGGUGCGAGCCACCAGUCGUUAUCUUCAGGUUACAUAACGUACGAGAAUGUUGAAAACACCACCAGCGUCUCUGGAAGAGUCGAUGCAGAGAUAGAGAGCCUUAACUUUGGCUCCUCAUAUAAUAUGAGCGGCUUUUUCCUUCACAACACCUCAAACACAAUCGCCAAGAUGCCAGAUAUUAUUAGCCACCCUCCCAUAGAUGGAGAUGAGUUGGAAAGGAGCGGACUGGAAACAUCGUUUUGCAGUAACUUUAUAGAAGUAAAAGACAUCUGUUGCACUUCACUCCAAAAUGAUUCAGUCACGUGUGACCAUUUAGAGAAAUCCGAAAGCACUCAUCGAGACAGCACAGAGGGUGGAGAUAACCUUUCCUUUUCCACAGUACUUGACCUUGAUGAAGAGCACAGUUUGGACAGAAUUGAGGGCUCAGCCUCUUCAUUACAAAACAGUGGCUGCUCAGACAAUCCAGAGUUAUCACAGACGUCAAGCACUCAUCACAGUCCAACAACAGAGCUGCAUAUUCAGCACGACCCCACAGAUCCAGAACCAGCAGACAGCAGUGAAGACCAAGCAAAGCCAUCUGAGGAGCCCUAUCGUCUAAGCCUCCAGGCUUUGCUGAAGAAAUCUCAGGAGUAUCGGCGGCGCCAGCGAAUGAUUAGGAACCAAGCCAAAAACACUAAAAUUCCAGAGAGAGCAAGGGUAGAGGAGCAGAGCCUCUCUGAUAAGGAGAAUGACGAGUUCCCUCACAAGGGGACGGUGACCACAGAGGGGAGGAAGACUAAGGAGAGAAAAGGCAUUUUUAUUCCGCCUGUGAAAACGUCGAAGAAAUCCUGGGAAAAUGAGAGGAGGGUUGAGAGUGAGAUUUUUGAGGAAAAGGCGAACUCUAAGUCUGAAAGCAAAAAUUCAACAGGAGAUGAAAAUACUCAGGAAAUUACUUGUGUCAAGGAGGAAACAAUUGUCAAAAAUAAUAAGCGAAACAUUUCACAAGCGGUUAUUACAGAGCACGAGCAAAUCAGCACCUUCCCUCAGCAACAGUCAACAGAGUCCUUGCCCACUCAGGAAGCCUUUCACUUGACCAACUGUCCUGCAGCUUUUUUUAAUAAAGUAGGGAAAUAUAACACUAUCCCAGCCCCUAAUUUCUGUAAGAGUCCUGUGCGCUGCAAAAGCAAAGGCACUAUCCAAGAAGCUUUUGAUGGGGCGGAGACCUCAAAGAGGAAGGUUUUAGUCGAUACCCGUUUGAUGGAAGACCACAAGGUGGAUGAAGUUAACCUGGGACAUGGAAACAGUCCCACAGCGGCUCCUUCCAACGUGAGUCUCAUGGUUAAGGCUGACGUAACAAGUGUUUCAAUCAAGAAUUCACAGCACAUAGAUCAGCUGGAGUCCAAUCUGUCCGGUCUGAAAGUACUGAUCUCAGAUCUGGAGUCCACACUGACAAAAAAUUCAGAGGAUCGCAGCCAAACUGAGAGCAACACAGAAAGUGAGUUCAGUUUUAGAGGCAUCAAGCACUCCCAUCGAAGUGAUAGUGACUAUUUUGAGGACAAACCGAGAGAUUGUGAUGAAAGCAGCGAUGCAGAGCAAGACCAAAGGUACGGAGAGUGGCCGAGAAAACAAUCAGACAGUUUCCAGAAUGAGCAUGAAGAUACAGGACCUGAACCGAGCAUCAGUGACGCAGACGACGCUCCUGUCAAAGUGCAGGUGAAAGAAAGUGAGGCAGUUAACGUUAGUGAGCUCAGGCUAGUAAAAACCUUAGCUACAGAGAGAGCAAAGGAAACAGGGACGUGUGAAGGAGGACUUACAAAAAGUCAUGGACAGCAUGGCGGCUGUAGAAAGCCCUCAGCUAAAUGCCUCCUCUCUGUAACACAGCAGCUGCGAAUUCCUGACGUAUUCAGAAAUGUUCCACCUGCAACCGCCGCUGCACGGAAAGCCUCAGUGCUCUCCGAUACCAGCAACCAUUCAGCUGAAGCUAAGAACGAGACAGAAGGUCACAACUCUACCCAAUCGCCAUCUCUAAACCAGUCGUAUGAUGUGGACUCACCGUCUGGCCUGUGGCUUCACGAAAGGUCCGGGUCAGAUGCAGGCUCAAAAGGUCAUCUUGCUCAAGAGAAACAUCUGACUCCAGAGAGUGGCGGUGAGGGUCAGGGCAGAGUUUCCAGGGUUAAACGGAGACUGCUCAUGCACAUGUCAGAGGAGACACGGGAAAGGAGUGCAGAUGCCGGCAGAGGAGCAGGCUCUGCGGUCAGACCCACCUCCAGCACUCCUACAGCCGUGGUGCGGCGGUACGAAGGCCACGGCAGUGAAAAAGACAUGCAGGAACAGCUGAAACAGGCCCACGCUGCUCAGAUCAGAGCCCUGCAGGAUGAGCACCGCAGACAACAGGAAGAGCUGCUGCAGGCGUUGGCAGUACGUUACCGUCUCCUCCAGAGCGUGUCCUUCCCUUGCUCCAUGUCAAGCUCACGUCUCGGGGACACGGUGACCUUUUCUGCUCUCGCUCAGCCCUCCGGUCCACUCUCAGAGCGCUACCGCCCCCUGCUGCUGGCAGUCGCGAAAGGCUUUCUAGCUCGCAGGCUGCUGAGGACCGAGAGAGUGGCGCAGCUGGUGCGCACCAUCAGGGACACUCAUCAGUUCCUGCAGGCCCUCCAGCAGCAGAGCCCCGGCAGAGGAGAGCUCUGUAGCAGACAGGACCUUUUAUUGCAGGAGAGAGUCGCUCUGCAGCUGCGCGCCGCACGUUACGAGAUCCACGACGUAUUCUUCAGCCUGUCAGCUGGGGAGAGGAUGCAGCUGAUCGGCUGGGACAGAGAGCUGGUCAGGGAGCGAGAGCUCAGACGACAGGGCGGGCACGCAGGCCAUCCCAGACGCAAGAGCUCUCUGUCAGCUGCAACACAGAAAUCACUGGAGAGGAAGAGGGGAGUGAUGAUCCAGAAAAAAGCAGCAGAAAGACACACGGGAGUUGCCAUGAGGACCGGACACAAUAGUGGAUUCUCUGCUGAGCAGCCGCUGGAAACCAAACGAGGACAGUUCAGAGCAAAUCCUCAGAGGGUCCCCAAGAGCACUAACUCCUCCAGACCUCGAUGACACCUAUCUUAAUUGGCCCCAGUGAGGACUCCUAAUAAGGCCUCUAGCGCUCACAUAAAUAUUGUAUAACUACUUAUUUGAGAGUUUCCAAAUCCAAAUUUGACACGUAGCGUUGUCAUCAUUUUAUUUCACAUCUUGUGUGCUUUGAAUUUUUUUACACUCUACAGCAAGGUUUAAUACAGUGUUGACAGUUCCACUCCUCCACUUCAGCGUAGUUUGACAUCAAGCGGAUGCUCAGGUGGGAAUAAAACGUCAUAAAAGCUCCGUCAGUAACAGAAAUUCUUUUCCAGGUCUGCGGCCAGUAUUUUUCCACAAUCUUCACUGGUAUGAUGCUGCAGAUGUGCGUGGAACAGGUGUUGAGUUGGCAAAAAAACACCCAGUCUGGCGUCUUUUAGCUGAAGAAGCUCUGUGCAAUGCACCUCAUAGAUGCUAUGUUUAUGACUCACAGCAGACGUGUCAUCUCAUAGCAGAAAAAGAACAGGUGAAAUAAAUAAGGCUCUGUUUCAUUUGGAUCAUAAUGUUGAGGCCAUAAGGUGGAUGUUACGAGAUCAUUAGCGCAGGUAAGCAGCAAAAAUAUACACAGUGCAUGCAAAACAAAUAGCCUUUCUUGGGAAUUAGUUGGUCAUUUUACUUCCUGCUGCUAAAAAGUACUUAAAAAAAUCAAAGUAUUAAGGACAAGUUACUCAUUGUCCAACUGCAAGACAUUCAACCUGUGAUUAGGUGUUGCAAAGGUACAUUGCUUUGUUCUGAGGGGUAACAACUUCAGAAAUAAGCAUGUAGUCAGUCAUACUUGUGAGUCGGCAUGAACAAUGCUCCAUCCAAAUAACUCACUUAAAUGCAGCUGUGUUUAAAGUAAUUAACUGCAUCUGUGCUAUGGCUCCUGGGAAAAGGGUCUGUUAACCAAGGAAUUAGUUGUUUUGCGUGUCAUUGUUUUUUCGGUUGUCUAAUGUUAAAAUAUCUGCUUCUGAAUUAUUCCGUUCCUUCAAUAUAUGUGCCUGGUUUAUUGUCACCAAAAACAGACCAUCUCCUGUUGUAUUAGCAUCUUAAAGUCUGUUAGUAUGUUUGUAAAUGCUUCUCAUAUGCAGGAACUUUAAUAUCCAGCUCCAGAUCUUAGUGUUUUUGCAAAUACUUGAAUAGUGUGCUACUCCCAGGUGUUGCCUUAAAUAUUUUCCAAGUGUGUUUGGGAUCACUUGUCAGCCAAAACACCUGUAAACCUUUGCAUUUUUGUAUUCUUAUAGACUUUGGACCUGUUUUAUAUGUUAUUUAUUUGUAUGUGGUUGGUAAUAAAUGCUUUUUAACCCUCUGAAA